AUGAAAGGUGAGAGGACUCUUCAUUUAAACACUAUAAAUCACAUUUAAGACAUUUUAAGCGGACUUUUGACACUGAAAUCAUCUCUAAUUAUAUCUGCUCAGGUGAGUUUCUUCAGUUUUAGUCAUUCUGCAGGUGAGUACAGGUGUGCAAUAAAUACUUUCACUGCUGAGGUCAGGACUAGGUAAACUGAUAUCAAAUAUGAGGUUUAAAGGACCACAGAAGAGAUGGUAUUAUUGUUGUCAUUCCAAACAGAUAAAUUGGACUGCGGUGCAUUGCAACAGCGGAGGAGGGUUCUGAGUUUCUUUGAAUUAUUGUACUUAAAAUAAUUUUUCUCUCUCUUUUUAUCUUCAUCUGUAACCCUCCUCCUGUGUUAGGGUUGUUUUUGUUCUUAAACGCUUAAAAGAACCACAUAAAUUAGUUUUUUUGCAUCAAGACUUUUGACUUUAUCAGGAACCUCUAUUUCAACAAAAUCCCCCCCAAAAAAUGUAUUGAGUAAAUUAUAAAAUGCUCUUACUGAAAUUAUGGCACUUGUCGUGUUAAGGUCGCUGUUGAUCCGGUUAGAUUAAAAAUAAGUAAUUAGAGCAAAAUCUGAAAUCACAAGUGCACUGACAGUCAGAUCCUCUUUCCAAUUAAUGUUAUGUCGUUCGCGAAUGAUUUGUUCAAAAGAACCGAAUCUUUUGAGUGAACGUACUGAACCGAAUCACUUCCUCGAGUGAUUUGUUCGUUUCUCACUUUAGUUUCGCAACAAAGUAAGUGGAAAGGUUAGUGUUUAAUUUCUCUUCAGUUCAACUUCAUAUCGACUCAGGCGCAACAUGGCCUCAUCAAAUGACACAUUAAAAAGUUUACGCAGCGAAUUUAAACAAUAACUUUUCCACUUACUCCUUUGCUUAUCGUCUCGCCUCUGUCGUCUUCUGUGCCUAGAUUGCAAUACAUCAGUGCAGUGUCAUUAUUGGUCCCCGGCAGUUCACUUACGUUGUGGCUUUCUUUAUUUGCAUCCUUUUAUUUUCGCAGCAAUUGUUUUUUUUUCCCCAUCGCCACUUUUUAUGCGUUGCUAUUUUUUUUUUUUUUAUCUGCAACAUUUCUUUUUUUAUUUGCAGCAGACUUAGGUUUCUUUUUUUCUUUUUUUUUUGGCAUAGGUAACUCUCGUGACUUGUUGAAUGUUGAACAAAUUAAAAACUCUUCACUGUAGUAUAUUUGGCACCCCUGCAUGACCCUAGAUGGGUCCUCCUAGUUAGAAAAAUCUGUUAUGGAGAACAACACAUUCAUUUAAAACCAACACUUAAAAUCUUACACUUAAACACUCUUCAAAUCUUUUAAAACCAGGCGUCUUCUCUUCAGCCGAGAUGUCUCAGGUGCGGCGGUCAGUGUCAGAGGCGUUGUGGGCGAUGUGUGCGGCCGACUCCAUGUCCAUGCCGGUCCACUGGUACUAUAACAUAGAUGACAUCAGGAGGGACUUUGGCGGGUGGAUCUCGGGUUUAAACUCUCCCAGGAGCAGACACCCUUCCAGCAUCCUCAGCCUCUCCAACACCGGUGGGAAAACUCUGCAGUCCAGUCCUGGAAAGUUCUUCCCUGUGGUCAUGUGAUUCAUGUUUACAUGUGGUUAUUUCAGCCGGCAGUGGUCGGACAGCCUGGUUCUCCGGCGCCAAGCGGCCUGAUGUGGUUGGGAAUGUAAUCCUGCAUGACAAACUGAACCUGUGGAAGUCCUCCAAUGGCACGGUCCACUACCACCAAGGUACUUCGACCCAAAAUGACCCAGAACUAAGACUUGGGACUGAGCUAGAUCACUGAUGAUUGAGAAACAUGAUAGUAGACAUUUUAAUCACACUAACCCCUCACAGUUCAGGGUCUUGUUUGUGUUCUGCAGGUCUUCAGUCCGGCGAUAACACCCUGAACGUCCUCUGCUCUCUGAGAGUGUUGCUUUCACUGGUCUCAGGACGAUUCAGUGACGUCUCUCAGCCUGAUGCUCGGGCCGCGGUGCUCUCAGACUAUGUCCGGUUCCUGACUGCGCCUGGCUCUCAUAACGACACCUACGCCGAGUCCUUCCAUCGCUCGUUCUUCUCUGACUGGCAGGACAGCAGGCCGACGUCACCCCGGGAGGUAAAUCCAACGCACCCUGUGGAAUCAAACACACCCCUGCCCUGCUGUCGCUCUGUUUUACCUUUUUGUAUUUUUAUAUUUUUAUGUUUCAGGUACUGAAGUUCGCAGAAAAACGCUCCAAAAACAAGAUGAGCUCCUCGGUCCCUGACAGCCAGCUGGACGCCAUUGGCUGCCUUCCCAUGACCCUCCCCUUCAUCCUGCUGUCAGCCUCAGCCAACGAGGAGCAAGCAGUGAGUGAUGGACAGCUCUGUUUCGAUCCAGAAAAAAUGUAUUCAAGUAAUUUAGUUAUGAAAUGUUCUCAGUCAACCUGGUGUGAAACAGUCUGACCUUUGACCUUUCCGUCUUCAGGUGUCAGCAGCUGUUGAGUUUGUGAAGCUCACCCACCCUCACCCAAAGGUGAUCGAGUACAUCUCCAUCUACAGCCGGGCGCUGCACGCUGUGCUGGGCGGGGCCAGCGUCCGACAUCAAGCGGAGCACGCUCUGAGGAGGCUGGACGCCUGGGACACCUGCCAGAGCUACAGCCGCAAGGCCGCCAGGUAGGACAGGAACAUACAAGUGUCACUGAAUCCUUUCACAAUAAAAGCCUUUCAAAAGGAGGAAAAUGUGUGAAAGUGUGCUUGUGUUUUUAGGUACCCGGUGUCGUCUGAGGACCGCCUGAAGGUCCAUCAGAGCGCCGUGAACUACCUCGGCCUCGCCUGCUACACUAAAGGUUCAAACUCAGACUCUUUUACUCUGAAUUCAUUUGCGUGUUUUACCAUCAAAGACGAUGCUUUAACCAGUGCCUGCUGAUCCACAGGAGCUCUGUCCAGCUUGUUUUACCUCGCUCACGAGUUCCAUGACGACCCCAAAGGAGGAAUCCUCGCCAACACCAACUGUGGAGGUUCAAACAAACGCAGAGUUUUAGUUUUUGCUUCAUUUUUAAUUAAACUGAUGACUGAUAAUAUUUAUGUUUUGGCUCCAGGUGAGAACUGUAACCGCGGCACAGCUUUGGGGGCCCUCCUGGGAGCAGGGGGGGCAUACAGCGGAGCCGUCAUCCCACAAGAGUGGAAGGAUGAGCUGAGAGACGCUCAGGAGUUCCUCCCUGACAUCCUGAAAGAGCUUCAGUGAGCGCAGCGCCGCCUGCUGGUGAAGCGGAGGGGAAUCUGUCUUCCUGUUUACAAACGCAACAAUAAAACGUAGUUUUUCUCUGUUUUAUUUUUAUUUAAGAUAAACAAAUGUUUUAAUUUUGUUUGUCGCUUUUCUGAUUUUGUUAAUUUACAGGAAAUACGUUUCAGUGAAAUGCAGGAAAGCAGUGAAUGUUAAUGCCUGAUGUGAUUUUUUUUUAAGUAACUGAUUUAUCUACUUAUAAUGACCCUGUUUAUUUCUUAAACAUAAAGGACCAGCAGGUUACAGAACAAAUCUGUUCAAAUGUUUGCUCCAAUAAGAAUAAAAACCAAGAAAACAAACCGUGUGUAUGGUUUUUGUUUCAUGUUUUGAGAUAAAAUGACAAGUUUUCGAGUCCGAACUGAUUUUUAAUGUUGAUAGUGACUUAAAUUGUGAAUUGAAGUUACUCUUUUGAGAGUGUGUGUGUGUGUGUUUUCAUUCUCUGUCAUGAAUUUGUGUGGUUUUUGUGACACAGACACACACUCUGAGGGGUUUUUGUGUGUUUUUCGUCCGUCUGACCUUUGAACAGUUCAGAACAAACAUGGCGUCUGUGAGCGGCGAAACCAAGAAGCUUUUCCUCCUGAGACUCCUCAUCGCCUGUAUCCCAGCAUGCACUGGGUACCCAAGUUGUGAGUCCUUUUCUUCUUCUCCUCUUCAUCUUGAAUGUAUUAUUUUCCCCUGUGUUUCUCGGUGAACUCGGCUGGUUGAUGCGAGUCUGCCUCACUCUCAAUGACGCUGAAGUUUCAGAGGUCUGUUUACUUUGACAAAUCAUGGAAAACCUUUUUUUGUUUCCUUGUGACAAAAAGUUCAUUAGUAACCAUUUUCAAAUAGCUCCACAGUCUACAGACCAGGCCUUCAGACUUCUGAAUCAAUUCAUACAUUUUAUUAACUUUAAAUUAGAGUGUACAUGUUUCUCAAACAGAGAUUUUUGUAGAAAAUAGUAAAAAAUCUGUAAAGAUUCGCUGAACAUGUCCUGUUAUGGCUGAUAGUCAAAAACCGACAGGCCACGCCCCUAAUACUACAUCACCUUUACUUUUAUAUUACAUAAACAGGUGAGUUCAAUACUCACCUGUCUGUGAGUAUUGAACUGUAAACAGGUUUAAUUCUGCCAUUAAGUCAGACAGUUAAACAUGGAUCUCUGUGGGGGUUGACUCAUUGUGUGAGGCAGCCACUAGUGGAUAAAAGAGGUGCUGCAGUUUGGAACCCUACACUUCGGGUGUGUUUCUAAAUUUCCUUCAGUUUGGUACGAUUAACCCUGACCUCGUUUAUAUUGAUUUACCACAGCGCCUCAUGUAGGAAGCAUUUGAUUUGUAUUCAGGUGUGCAUGUAACACUGAUGUUUCCUCAACCCUCUCUUCAUGCAGCCUGUGUUUGUGUGUAAAUUAAGCGCCUUGUCUUUAUUUCUUUCUUGUCUCUGAAGUUGUGACGGUGAACAAACUUGAGGCCAGUCGUUUUCUGCACCGCAGUCGUCGGGCGAACUACCUCUUUGAGGAGUGGAGGAGAGGAAACCUGGAGCGUGAGUGUCUGGAGGAGAAAUGUUCCUAUGAGGAGGCCAAGGAGAUCUUUGCUCUGCCGCAGCAGCUGGUUCGUCCAGUCUUAGCCUUUCACUGAUUUAACCAAGUUUAUUUUUCUGCCUUUAAUUUGAGUUUCUGUCUCUGUGCAGGAGGUCUUCUGGAGGAAGUACACAGGUGCUCUGGACUCAAACCACAGCAUUCAAACACCUGGGGGUGUAGAGAGUUUUUACACUGUUAAACAAAAUACUCUUUUUGACAGAAAAUAAACCAGAAAAGCUCUUGUUUGUCUCCCCUUGUUUGCAGGGGUCGAUCACUGCCAGUCCUCUCCCUGUAAAAAUGGAGGGACCUGCACUCGCCACGACAACACCUACGUCUGCAAAUGCCCACCUGCUUUCCACGGUUCCCACUGUGAAAAAGGUUUGUUCACAGCAGAAAAAUCCCCCUGAUAGUCCCGAUUAACGCUGCUGUUCUCAUAUAUCAGGUUGUUUUUGCAGCUCGUUCGACCUCCAGAGGUUGCCGCUACAAAAACGGGGGAUGUGACCAGUUCUGCAGAGAAUCUCUGGAUCGUUCUCACAUCUGUUUCUGCACUAAAGGCUACAGCCUGGACCAAGACAACAGCACCUGUGUGCCUCAAGGUCAGCUCUGGGUUACGAUUGAGCCUCCUGAGCAUCAAAACACUCACACACUAAAAACAUAACAGGAAGUGUUCAAGAAACCUGCAGGGAAAUGAACCAAAAUGUCUCUAUCAGUAGUCCAGUUGUUGAUUGUCUUGUCUCUCUCUUGCAGUCACCGUCCCCUGUGGACGACUUCUGAUUGGUAUCACUCCUCGCGUUGUUAACGGGCAGAUCUGCCCAAGGGGCCACUGUCCAUGGCAGGUAAGAUCUACGACAGAUCAUGUUUUUUAAUUUGUUUAUUCCUGAUAAAUGUGAACUAUUAUGUGUCGUUUGUACUUUUUGAAUUUUGUUUGAGAGAGGAUCUAAAACUCAUGGAAAACUAAAAACACUCACUGAUAACCUUACUGUCAUUUUAAAGCAAAUCAAUGAAGGUGGGUAAACUUUCUGCUGGGUAUUCUCAAAGGGAUAUUUCGACGUAAUAAAUUUAGGGUCAAACACACCAUAGCAACAAGUUAGGCACCCCCUCAAGAGAUGAAUGUGACCGACCGCUUGCUUCUCUAGUUAUACCAACUUUAGUAACGACAAAGCUCAACCAAAACGCCACUCUAUAGCCACAAAUAAUGCUCAGAACAGCACCUAACUUCAUCAACAGGACAUAUAGGGUCCCAGCCAUAGUACUAGCCACCAAACAUCUUUUAAACUUUGACUAAUUUCUUUAGUAAAGAGAUUAAACACAACUCACCUACUCUCUUCCAGCAGCCGCUUGUUUGUAGCGAGACCUCAGGCCAGUCCAUUACGGACUACAGCGGGGUGCCGCAGCUCAAGGAAGAACAUUUAUGAUCAUUUCUUUAUCAUUUCCUUUAAGUAAUAAUCAUCAUAUUAAUCAUUUUGCACUGCAGACGCUGUAGUUCUUCUGCCUUAGCAUCUUGGUCUGAUUGUAUUUCCAUGAAGAUAUGAUCGUAAUUGUUCUUCCUUGAGCUGCGUCACCCCACUGUAGUCGAUGGACUCGCUGGGAGAUCUCUGUACAAACAAGUGGCUGCUGGAAGAGAGUAGGUGAGUUGUGUUUAGACUCUUUGCUAAAGAAAUUAGGCAAAGUUAAAAAGAUGUUUGGUGGCUAGUACUAUGGCUGGGACCCUAUAUGUACUUUUGAUGAAGUUAGGUGCUGUUCUGAGCAUUAUUUGUGGCUAUAGAGUGGCGUUUUGGUUGAGGUUUGUUUAUGGUUCCUCAGACCGCUGUGUAUUGCUAUCGCACGGUCGUUACUAAAGUUGGUUCUCUGGUGGGGGUGUCUAACUAAGUGUUCUGGUGUGUUUGACCCUAACUUAAUUUUACACCAGAAUAUCCCUUUAGGGCGUCCCAACUAUAUCCUUGACUGUCAUUCACUAUGACUCACUACAGGAGACCAAACAACAGGUUUUUGGUCCCGACACACUUGACUGUUGGAUUGUUCAUAAAGCUUUGAAAACAGAAAUGUUAAAGACUUAAUGAUGACGGUACACUUCGAUCCCUCUUCAGGCUCUGCUGUCCGAGAAGCAGGUUUUUCAAUGUGGAGCGAUCGUCCUGUCCGAUGUGUGGAUUCUGACUGCAGCCCACUGUGUGCUGGGGAAAGAUGCGACCUCCUUCUCCGUCACUGUGGGUGAGACGAGCUUCAUAACCUCUCUGUUUCUAACUCCACCACCUGAUCUGGUUAAACCUUAACGUCCCCUCUACCUGCAGUGAUUUUAUGACACAGAUGAAUCAUUUCUCCGUGUUAUCCUGAUUGAUCUUUGUGUGUCUGUGAAGGGGAACACGACCGCAACGUGGAGGAGAGGUCAGAGCAGCGGCGUCAGGUGGUCAAAAUGAUCAUCCACCCCGCUUACAACGACACAAGCAAGGACAGCGACAUGGCGCUCAUGAAGCUGCAGCGGCCCGUCAGACUGGGAUCCUAUGUGAUCCCCAUCUGUCUGCCCGCCCAGAACGGCACCUUCAUUCGCACGCUGAGCAAUGUCCGACACUCCACCGUGUCCGGCUGGGGCCGCCAGGCACAGUUCGGUUUGGAGUCUAGCAUCCUGCAGCGUCUGGUGCUGCCAAGGGUCCCGCUGCAGGAGUGCCGCCUGCACACCCGGCUCAAUAUCACCAAGAACAUGCUCUGCGCCGGGUUCAGGAACGGGGGACAGGAUGCGUGUCAGGGGGAUAGCGGCGGUCCGUUGGUUACACGCUACAAGAGGACCUGGUUCCUGACAGGGGUGGUAAGCUGGGGGCGGGGCUGCGCCAACGAGAACAUGUACGGGGUCUACGCCAAGGUGGCCAAUUUCCUGAGCUGGAUCGAGGACACUAUGUCCACCAGCUGA